CUAUGCUCCAAGUGGCUCUGUUCUCUCACUAUCUCAUCUUCAAAAAGCUCACCCACAGUCUUUUCAUUCAUUAAUUUAAAUCAACAUUUACCUUUGCAGAGGAACAAUAAACCCCCCACAAAAAAAAAAAAAACUGUACUGUACUUUCACUUCCCAUUGGCUUCUUUUUCUUCUAUUCUCUUCUUCUUCUUCCACCCGUAACAUAUAUCUGUACUUUCCUUCAACUUCCCCUGUUCUUUGAGAACCAGAUUCUACUUCUCCUUGGCGGCGGGUUAGUCAGUUACUGUCAAUCACCACUUAGAGGGAAGAAAAAUGACCGAGACAGAGAGCAGCUCCAACUCGUUCUCUUCUCCACCGUUAUCACCUUCAUCUCCUGGGUCAACUCAUUCACGUACUAAGUCCGCCCUUGACUCAACCAACACUCUCAAGGUUAAAAGAACGAGGGAUUCAAGCAAGCACCCCGUUUACCAUGGCGUCCGAAUGCGAAACUGGGGCAAAUGGGUAUCCGAAAUCCGCGAACCGCGAAAAAAAUCGCGUAUUUGGCUCGGUACUUUCCCGACACCCGAGAUGGCGGCUCGCGCGCAUGACGUCGCCGCUUUGAGUGUCAAAGGUAGUUCAGCGAUUCUCAACUUCCCUGAACUCGCUAACUCGUUGCCUCGGCCCGUGUCUUUAGCACCCCGCGACGUACAAGCCGCCGCGGCUAAAGCUGCUCAAAUGGAGCGAUUCGACUCUCCUCCGUCUUCUUCUUCCACAUUGUCAUCGUCGUCGUCGUUGUCGUCUUUGGUUUCUGAGAUGGAUUUGUCUUCAGGGUCGGAUGAGUUAAGUGAGAUAGUGGAGCUGCCGAGUCUUGGGACGAGUUAUGAGUCGGUCGAGUUGAAGGAUGAGUUCAUGUUUAUAGACUCAGUGGAUGGGUUGUUUUACACUCCUCCAUGGCUUCAAAGCUUGGAAGAUUGCCGGUACAGUUUCGAAGAAAAUUUGCUAUGGGAUUAUUAGUGUUCUUUUAAAUGAAUUAAUGUGAGCUUUUCUUUUCUUUUCCUUUUUCUCGUAUUGAGCCUUUUUUGCUAUUUCCUUAAAAAGGCCUGAAACUCUGUUUAUUUUUUUUUGUCUCUGUUUAGUUGAUCUCUUCCAAUGAAAAAUCCACUCUACGUACAGUGUUUUAGAAUGGAUAGAAGAGGGAAGUUUCUUAAA